CUAUGAUAGCCAGGAUCCCCGCAGAGCCAAGACCUUCUCCAGAAGGUGACCCUUCCCCUCCACCACCACCAACACCGAUGUCAGCCUUGGUUCCUGACACUCCCCCAGACACCCCUCCUGCCAUGAAGAAUGCCACUAGUCCUAAGCAGCUCCCACUGGAACCAGAGAGUCCCACUGGGCAGAUCUCGCCUCGGCCAGCUCCCCCACAGGAAGAGUCCCCAUGCUCAGAAGCAAAGAGCAGGGGAACCACCCCACCAGCCACAGGCCCAAGGGACGCCAGGCCUUCUCGAAGGAGUAGCCAGCCAUCCCCAACAACAGUGCCAGCUUCAGAUAGCCCCCCCACCAAACAAGAUGUAAAGAAGGCAGGAGAGAGACACAAGCUUGCCAAAGAGCGACGAGAAGAGCGGGCCAAGUACCUAGCGGCCAAGAAGGCAGUGUGGCUGGAGAAGGAGGAGAAGGCCAAGGUGCUUCGGGAGAAGCAGCUCCAGGAGCGCCGCCGACGGCUGGAGGAACAACGGCUUAAAGCUGAGCAGCGCCGGGCUGCCCUGGAGGAGCGGCAGAGGCAAAAGCUUGAGAAAAACAAGGAGCGCUAUGAAGCAGCCAUCCAGCGGUCAGUGAAGAAGACAUGGGCUGAAAUCCGACAGCAGCGCUGGUCCUGGGCAGGGGCCCUGCACCACAGCUCCCCCGGACGUAAGACCAGUGGGAGCAGGUGCUCCGUGUCGGCAGUAAACCUGCCCAAACACGUGGACUCUAUAAUCAACAAGCGGCUCUCAAAGUCCUCUGCCACGCUCUGGAACUCCCCCAGUAGAAGUAAGAGGAGGCUCAGCCUUCCAGCCCCCUCCAGAGCCCCUUGUAGCCAGCCAGCCCCCUCCAGAGCUCAGCAAGAAUAUUCAUCCCUGGAGCCCCCAUACUCCAGGUCCCGCCCUACUCUAUCCCAACCAGAGUUAUGUGCCCUUUCCGGGAGCCAGCAUUUGGGUCUGGACCCCAGGACAUAUCUCCUCCUCCACGCUCCUAUCCCGCGCCUCCAGGUGCAGAAAAAGGAGAAGAAGGACAAGGAGCGGGAAAAUGAGAAGGAAAAGAGCGCCCUGGCCCGCGAGCGCAGCCUCAAGAAGCGCCAAUCGCUGCCAGCGUCUGUGAGACCCAGGCUCUCUACCGGGGCUGAGCACAGCCCUAAGUCCAAGGCCCGGCCAUCCUCUCCCUCUACAACCUGGCACAGACCUGCCUCCCCCUGCCCCAGUCCAGGACCAGGCCAUGCCCUUCCUCCAAAACCACCAUCCCCCCGAGGCACCACUGCAUCGCCCAAGGGGCGGGUUCGGAGGAAGGAGGAGGCAAAAGAGAGCCCGAGCCCAUCAGGGCCUGAGGACAAGAACCACAGCAAGAGCAGAACCAUUGAGGAGAAGGAGCCAGUGGCCCUAGUGUCACCAGCGCCCUCACCGGUGCCCUCACCCACCCCAGCCCAGCCUCAGAAAGAGCAGCCCUCAACAGAGACUCCUGCAGACACCGCUGUCCCGACUGCCCCUCCUACUGCUGCUCCCCCGGUAACCCCUAGCAAACCUAUGGCGGGAACCACAGACCGAGAAGAAGCCACCCGGCUCCUGGCUGAGAAGCGGCGCCAGGCUCGGGAACAGAGGGAACGCGAAGAACAGGAGCGGAAACUGCAGGCCGAAAGGGACAAGCGAAUGCGGGAGGAGCAGCUGGCACGGGAGNNNNGGGGUGGUGCGGCGCGCGAGGCCGAGGCUCGGAGGCGGGAGGAGCAGGAGGCUCGAGAGAAGGCCCAGGCUGAGCAGGAGGAGCAGGAGCGGCUGCAGAAGCAGAAAGAGGAAGCUGAAGCUCGGUCCCGGGAAGAAGCUGAGCGCCAGCGCCUGGAGCGGGAAAGGCACUUCCAGAAGGAGGAGCAAGAGAGACAAGAGCGAAGAAAGCGGCUGGAGGAGAUCAUGAAGAGGACUCGGAAGUCAGAAGCUGCUGAAACCAAGAAGCAGGAUGGAAAGGAGACCACAGCCAACAAUUCCGGCCCAGACCCUGUGAAAGCUGUAGAGACUCGGCCUUCGGGACUACAGAAGGAUUCUGUGCAGAAAGAGGAGCUGGCCCCUCAGGAGCCACAGUGGAGUCUGCCAAGCAAGGAGAUGCCAGGGUCCCUGGUAAAUGGCCUGCAGCCUCUCCCAGCACACCAGGAGAAUGGCUUCUCCCCAAAGGGAACUGCUGGAGAGAAGAGUCUGGGUCGAACACCAGAGGGACUCCUCCCAUUUGCAGAGGCAGAAGCCUUCCUCAAGAAGGCAGUGGUGCAACCCCCACAGGUCACAGAAGUCCUUUAAGCAAUUGCCUUGGACCCGGGUGCAGCUUGAAGGUUCCUAUGUAUCAGCUCUUGGGUGUCUGGAAGAGAAAGAGAACAAAGAUGGAAGUGGCCUGGGCCCCUCGGGUUGGGUCCUUUCUGUUGUUUUUAAUCUGCACCUUCUAGACUGAUGUGUCUUUGGCGGGAAGCAGACUCUGCCCCUCAGUGCAUCUGUGUGCUCACACACUCAGACACCCAUCUUCCCCAUACACACAUACACUCACAGCCUCUCUGGCCUCCCCCUGGGGAAGGACCACUUGUAGUAUUUGCCUUGGUUUGGUGGGGUACAGUGGAUGUGAAUACUGUAAAUAGCUUGUGCUCGGACACCUCUACAUGGAGGAGGUGGGUACAGGAGGCAGUCCCUCCUCCCAAGGCUCCCUGGUCAUCUUCCUCUAUUUAACUGUAACCGAGGGAGAACCCAGGUCUGGGAACGAGGGGGGCACCUUGGGCCACACAAAUACUGGUUGCUUCGGGGUAAUGCCCUCUGUCCUCGCCUGGAAUCAGUGUUACUACAUCUGAUCAAACUUCUCCAGAAAUAAAGUGAAAAUAAUUCUGCCAAA